AGCAGGAAAGGCAGCGGGCACCGGGCCAUCAGGCGGAGUAGCGGGCACCGGGCCAUCAGGCGGAGCAGCGGGCACCGGGCCAUCAGGCGAAGCAGCGGGUACCGGGCCAUCAGGCAGAGCAGCGGGCACCGGGCCAUCAGGCGGAACAGCGGGCACCGAGUCAUCUGGCAGAACCGUGGGCACUGGGUCACCAAGCUCGACAGCGGGCACCGAGUCAUCUGGCAGGACAGCAGGCACCGAGUCAUUUGGCAGAACCGCGGGCACUGGGUCACCAAGCUCGACAGCGGGCACCGAGUCAUCUGGCAUGACAGCGGGCACCGAGUCAUCUGG